UUUUCCCUUCAGAGCGGUUCAUUCACUCUCAGCUUCUGUUAGAGGAACACGAUACUGCAGACAUGAGCGGGCGAGUUGGAGAUUUGAGCCCUAAGCAGGAGGAAAUCUUGAAUGAGGUAAACCCAGAUUAUUUCUAUGAUUUUACUAAACGUGAAAUUAAUCUGUGCGGUGACUGUAGAUUAAAUCAUGCGCUCUGUGCUGUAGCUAUGAUUGCCUUUGUUGUAGUGACACUGUGGUCCUAUGGUAACUUCAGAGUGCCUGAAGGGACAGCUUUCACUCUGAUUUAAAUUUAACCUCUGUGGAAAACUAAAAACAAGUUCAGUAGACAAGUUCGAGUCACUUCACUUUAUACAGGCGUUCACAAUCAACUCUGCUCUGCUUUUCUGCUUUACCUCCUUAGAUUUAGAGGGGACAUACUGAACUUUUUACCUGAAACUGAUACUGAUACCAAUACUUACCAAUAUUUACACUAUGUGUGGUCAGCUAUGGUUAGUACAGGACAUUUCAAACUAGCAUACACAAAACUGUUUGGAUUUUUAAAAAAGAGUGUUGAGAAGAUAUUGUGACUUAAACAACUCAAAUCUAAGUAUGAGAAUAAGAGCUCAAUAAGAACUGUUUUUCAAGUAUGAAUUUUUUUAGUGUUUCGAAUUUAAUCUCAAAACUAAAUUCUCAAAUUUCUCUUCAAAUUCUGUCUUUUUUCGGGGGGGAAUAUUUAAAUAAUAUCAAUAUUCUGAGAUCAAUGAUAGCAUUCUGGGAAAAAGUUUAUACUUUGUCUUUGAUCUCAUCAUUCCGAGAUUCCAAGGAUCGCAACUUGCAGAAUUGCGAAUUUUCCCUCCAAUUCGUGUUGUUUCUUCUUCAAGAUAAAAUUAAAUAUUCUGACCAACUAAUAUCUCUCGAUAAAGUGCUUGUUUUUCUCGGAACUAUCUUAAAUUGAUAUGUUAAAUGUGUAUUUGUAUAAUUUUGAUGAAAAUCUGCAUUUAGCAGCUGAUUAGAUUAACACCGAUAAGGACUAGAAACAGUAGGAAAUCACUGUUUGGUUUGGCUGUGACUCUCUCCUUGAUUGAUUUUCACUUAAUCAGUUUUUCACAAACGUGAAACCUCAGAUAUUGAGAUUUAAAGAUCAGGAUAAACUCUGUUUGUUCAGGAGUUUAUCAUUUAGCAGUAGAAUUCAGAAUAAGCAAUGAUUUCUCUGCAUGGUUUCAUUUUACCCGUUGGAUUUUGAGAUGUUAUAACUAUCUGAAAAUGUGUUUAAAAUAGAAAAUGUACUUUUUAGGCACGACUGAAAAUAGUCUGUGUAGGUUUGGGUGUGAAGACCAUACUUUGACACCAUUGACAGAUGCAGACAGAUGAAGCUAAGCUAACCAUUAUUGUGUACUGACUCUGACUGAAGCUCCUUUUGAUCCUGUUCGUGGCUAACAGUUAUUCUCCAGGCUGCGCUCUCACUAGUGUUAGCAAACAUAGCUCCUUGAACCACAGACCGAGUCAGUGAUCGGAUACCGAGUUGUAUUGUGUGAAACUGGACUCUUUGAGCACUGCCAUUAUUAAAACUUCAGCAGACACGUUGCAACGCAGAAAUGAUGGUUUUAGAAACUUCUAACUUAUGAUGUGGAGACACUGACAAAGAGGGGUGUGUUCACGGUCUCUUCUAGAAAACUUUACUUUCCACUCUUUUUACUAACCCACUGCAGGUUGUAGCUUCGUGUUUAGCUAACAGACAAGGGAGUAUCUCUCUACAUGUUUACCUGUUUUUCUUUCACUGAUUGGACUCUCUGCCUCCAGUUUCGGGGGAGAAUACAGGACAUCCUCCCUAACCUGCCGGCACAGCAUGACCACUACCUCCUGCGCUGGCUCAGAGGUGAGAUGAGCAGACACAUACACAAACACACACACACACACACAGUGAAACCUGUACACACAGCAUAUAGUACUCACCACCUUAUCCCUCUGAAGGCUUAAUGCUGGCAAAACAACAGUCUCUCUCACACACACACACACACACACACCUGUCGGGAUAUGAGGUGACUUCUUUAUUACAAGUCAGAAUGAGGAGCUGCAGCCAGCGGGCCAACUGCCAAAGAUUUACAGAUUAAACAGAACAGACUGGAGGCUGCAGAGAAAGAGUCAUUUUUAGAGACAAAUCCAGUUUUAUCUUUAAAAGCACUUUAAAAUAACAACAACAAAAGUUUGCAAAGUGCAUUAAAAUCAAACAUAAAACCUUCAAAAAAUUACACUGAGACUGAUUCAGAGACGCAACAAUAAAAUGUCUCGCUGUAAAAAAAUGUAUAAAAAUCUGACAGUAAUUACAAGAAAUGUAGUGGAGUUGAUAAGCACCAAACUAAAAUAAACUUAAAAGGUUUUUAUGCAUCAAACAACAGCUUCUAAUUCAUGUUACUUUGCUUUUUUUUUCCAUUAUAUAUAGAAGCAUGUUUUAUUAAAACCUGAAUACGUCACAGUGGCGUGUCAAUGCAUGUCCUACUUUUCCCAACUCGUAAAGGCUGCAUCCCGUGCAUCCUUCGCAGCCCAACAUACCCUGAGCUUCUUUGCACACCAAUAUAAACAAUAUGGCGGACUCUCAAACUGCCAAGUUAUAUGUUGUUGUACAAUAAUAUUUGGUUUUAACUUAAUAGGGACCUGUAAAAUUGUAAAAAAAAAAAAAAAAAAAAAGAAAAGAAAAAAAAACACAUUGAAGUUUAGACGUAUCUUUGAAAUGCUGGUGAUGGUGUAACAGUUAUGUGACACAAACCCUUACCUUGUUAGCUAAUCCAGUUGCCAGUCAUUGCUUAUAAACAAGCUACAUGGCGCCAGUGUCAGGGAGGGAAAGACUGAUAGUAUAAGUGCACAAGUACACAAUCUUCCAAGAGGAUGGAUUGUCUCAAUUUAGUGCAGACUGACUGGUCUACACAGGCCACAAAGGUUGGGUCCUUCAAAGGCGUUUUUGAGUUGGUGUGUAUGUGGUUCUUGGUGCUUUUGCAGCCAGCCUCAAGUGGACACUUGAGGAACUGCAGCUUUAGAACUCCUAUAUUGAGUUCAUUUGUGAAGAUGGCUCUAUUUGCUUGUAAUGGUAUUCAAUUGUUUGCUGUUCAGGCAUCAGAGACAUUCAUCUGUCUUUAGCACACUGCACUUUGAUAUUUUUAUAGUUUUAUUUUUGCAUUUUUAAUUUCUAAGCCCAGGGUUUUUUUGGGCCUUUUACAGUCUUACUGUAUGAUCAUAUGACAAAUAAAGAUCUCGAGUUUUAAAACUUUAAAAUCCAAACUCCUCUCUCAGUUUUACUAAAAUGGUGAUUUUGAGUCUGAGAAACUCUUCCUCUUCAGCAGUUUAAAAGUCCCUGACAAAGAGGACCUUACAAAACCUAUGAGAGGAAAACGUGAGAGUUAACGUUCCUGUGACACAAACCAAACAAAAGCAGUGUAUUGGCCGUGGUUAUUCACAAUGUUUCAGAUGCUUGUUGUUGGAAGUCAAAGCCUGAGGCCACGCUCACUCUCCUGUAAACUCUGUUUGGUCUGAAGCUGCCUCAAACAAACCUGUUCCUAUGUUUUUACACUCCACUCCACAGCUGGUUUCAGUGGAGGGCUGAGGGGAAAUACCAGAGCUGGAGACUUUGGUAUCGACGCCUGUCCAUGUGGUAGAUUCACUCUGGUGUUUUCAUCCAACCACAAUUUUACCCAGGCUCCCUUUCAAAAUAAAAGUCUAUCAAAUUUGUGAGGUUUAAAUCAAUUACAAAAACUUAUGGAGUUUGUAGAUAGGACGCUGCUUUUAUUAUCGACAAUUACUAACUGACCAAUCAGGUUCAAGUAUUUAACACAGCCUAGUAACUACUUAGAAAGGCUGAUAACAGGAACUUCAAGGUCGUGUAGUGCAUGAAUGAAUGUAGAGCAGCACUUUGGCUACUUCCUCAACUUAAAACCUCAUCAAACCUUAAAAAAUCUGAAUUCUUUAAAAAAAAAAAACUAUAUAAAUGAGUUGCUAGUAUAACUUUUUAGUUUGCUGACGCAGGUUUGUCUGUCUGAGUGAGUAUUCAACAUAUUAGACUACACAGCAGGCGGCACAAUAAUGGGACUUAAAUUCUCCAAACAGAUGUCUCUCUUUGUUUUUUUUUUUGAGAGUAGGAAAACCUUUGAAAAGGGAUGAAAGAUUAUUGUCUCCCUGUAUUGAAGUAUAUUAAUAAAGUAUGUCUGUUUAGAGGUUUUAGGUUUCUGUGUUAUUCUGUUGUUAGGGUGUUUUUUAGUGUAUGAGUGUGUUGGAUGGAAUAAUAGAGAAUCUAGUUUGUGUAACUCAGCCCAGCUCUGUGCUGUUUCAGAUUACCAAACAGUCAAAUCAACACCUCCCUGAGAGAGUUUCAACAAAACUUUUUGUUUUAAUUGCAGCUCAGGAGGCGAUCAUAUCACACCUCCGAAAGAGAGCUGACCGACGCCCAACUCCCCUUUAGUGAUGCUAAUAAUAAUGUAACCGACAUUUCAGGUUAUCAGUUUCAUGAGACUCAGUGAGCUAAGUGUCUUUCAGUUUUCUGUAAAUAUCAGAUAUCAGGUUCACCGUCUCAUCAGUGGGUUUACGACAUUUGAACGUGUUUCUUUGACAUGAAGGGACGUUUCACAAACAGACACCAACAGAUAUCCAACAAUCAGACAGUACCCUCGGCUGACAGAUACAAACACGGCACCAAUCUUCUUAUCUGGCCUGAAAAGAGGUUAAGCUAAUUAGCACAAUGUCAAAUUAUUCCUCUAAAGCGAGGCUAAAUAACUUUUUGUAAUCACUGCAGACAUGUCGAUAACAGAGUGGCCUCAGUCAUACAAAGACAUCGGUAACGUUUGAAAUGAACAUUAUAUAACGUGAAUGAGUCAUAAUUCCAGGGUGUUUUUGACUCUUUAUCACACAGCUUUGGGAAAUUCUCAUUUAAACUUCUCGAACUGAAUACACAUGAAGCCUGCUCCUGGUUAAUCAGUGAUUGAUUUCCAAGUAUUAGUCCUUCCUCUGACCUGGUGGCCCUCAGAGUAUACAGUAUUGACUCAGUCAGAGGAGAAAUCUAACCUCCUUAUCACCCUGUGUAAAGUCAGAUAGCAGUAAAGCUUAACAUAAUUUAAAUCAAGUCCCCUGUCCUCAGUUUUUAAAACUUGGCUUUUUUUUAAUAACUGAAACAGCUGAGAGGAGGUUGGACAGGUUAAUAUCAGUGAAAAGACUCUUUCAUGGUUACACUGAUAUCAGGACACUGAGAACACUGUGACUGUUUGGCUUCGAUCGAUAGCAGACUCUGUCCGCUGUUAAAUAUUUGCAUCUGUGGUUAUCCUUGGACCGAGCAAAAAUCAGGCCAACUGUAUCGAGCGGCAUCAGCCCUUCUACUGGACUGAUAUCACAUUACAGGACGAUAGUGAGCUUAGAGCGAGGGCAGUGUUGACUGAUCAGGAAUGAUUGUCAAUGGAACCAAAGAUUUAAAAAAAUCAAUACGUCGAUUUUUAUACCACUCCGUAUUUUCAGAUCUUAGAAAAUAAAAAUCCAGUCCGCCAAAAAAGAGCAGCAGGAUUCCAGAACAACAGUGGUUCUGGAAUCCUGCUGGACUCUGGAAUGUUGAUUCUGGAAGGCUCAGUUUGAGAUAUUGGGUUCUGGGAUGCUAGAUUAUCAAUUGGUGGGUUCUGGAAUGUUGGGUUUUUAAAGUCCUGGUUGGCAAUAUGAGAAGCAGUUGAAAAAAACUGAGCCAUUGAGGCAGAUUUGAAAAAAGCGUCCCACCCCUCACACACAAACCUCUCCCCUCUGUGCUCCACCAUAACUCCCCCCUGAAUCUGUAUCGCCCUCCCCACAACACACCCCCUCUGGCAGAGCAAGAAGCCGGGUGGUAGAAGAUCCUACACUAGCUUCAAAAAGGAUUCACCAUGUCAGGUUGCUCGUGACUAGCGCCAGCUCUGCUAGCGAGCACCGUCUGCAGCUGCCUGGACGCGAUAUAUAUUUUUUGUAGGAUGGUAGGGGAAAGUCCCGCCUCCUUCACCUCUGAUUGGCUGGAAAAGCUGGAAACGUCAUCACAUGCUCAAGCCAAACACGGGCUGUCGGCUCUGUACAUCGAACAGAACAUUACAGAACAUUAUCGCACUUCUGAAUCUCCUAAACCAAGGUCUGAUCCAACCCAGACAAUGACGUUUCACAGUCAUAUGGAAUAACCAAUCAGAGCCCAGCACUUCUAGCCAAUCAGAGGCGAAGGAGGGCAGGACCUUCCCCUACCAUUCUACAAAUAAAAUAUUUCUUGUCCGGGAUGGAUGGCUCCCAUUGGCCAAUUUUUUUUGCGGCCCUGCAGCUGCUAAGGUGAAUGGAUUUUUUCCAUUCUUUUUUCUCUUCACUUUGUGGAGAUUUCACUAUAGGACUAUGAUCACCAUAGAAACUAGGUUCAUAAUAAUUACCAAUCUCUCCAAUCGUCAACCAUGCCUCUGAGUGCUAGGUUCCAGUUUGCUGAGUUUUGGAAUGCAGGGUUUUUAAAUCUUGGGUUACAGAAUACAAGAUUUAGAAAAUAAUGGGUUCUGGAAUUCUUGGUUCUGGACUGUCUCUCAGAGACCGGGUGCUUUGAACAUGUUUUAUUAUUCUGAACUGUUUCAUUCGUCUGAUUUUGAGUAAAAUAUAUUGAAGUUCCAACACUGCUACACGUCAAUUCUGCGGACUGCUCCUUUAACUCUCUGUACAUCUUUUUGCAGCCAGAAGCUUCAACAUCCAGAAAUCUGAAGUCAUGAUCAGGAAGGUGAGUUCUGUCUUUACAUGUUCACUAAUAUUUAUAUUCAGCACAUCUGCAGGUUGAAGAUGAGGUUAUUAAAAGUGUUUCUGAUGAUUUUUCUCUCUUUCUCUGUCUCUCUGCAGCACGUGGAUUUUAGGAGGAAAAUGAAUGUAGAGAACAUUAUAUCAGACUGGAACCCUCCGGAGGUACACAUACAUGCAGAGACAUGACACAGCAUUCAAAUUUGAGCCGUAAAUUUUCCGUGGGAAACAGGUUUUUACCUGCAGAUGACAAAUAAAUGACCAUUUUAGAGCUCAGACUAAAUUACAGAUAUGUCAGGAUUAGCUAUCGUGUGAAAACGACCCUGAGAAAAGAUCCGUCAAAUGAUGAAACAAGUAAUAAAAUAGAUGAUUGGGAAGAAUGAAGGUCAGAGAAUCAAGUUUAAGGCGAUAAAACCUGAAGUUUUGGUCGUACAGUAGAUAAUUUAUUUAGGCACAAAAUUACAGUCUUCAUAUUAUGAGUAUAAAUUUAAAAUAAAGUAUAAAUAAGAAGUAACUAAGUCACAGUAUUUGAUGGAUAAAUACUCAGUGUUACAGAAGGAAAGUCCGAGUAUUCGGGUCGAAGUCAGAGUGUGACAGGAUUGAUUUCAUGAUAUUAGUGGGAAAAAGUCCCAAAAUGAAACAAAGUUUUGACCUAACAGGGCACUCAAAUUACUCAUGUGCUCCUCAGGUGAUUGAGAAGUACGUCUCUGGAGGGAUGUGUGGCUAUGACAAAGAGGGCAGUCCCAUCUGGUACGAUGUGAUUGGUCCUCUGGAUCCCAAAGGUCUGCUGCUGUCGGCCACCAAACAGGACUUCUUGAAGACCAAGAUCAGACACACAGAGAUGCUGCAGAGGGAGUGUCGCUGGCAGUCGGAGAAGGUCAGGGUCAAAUCCUCUCCUCCUGAACUCUCUUUUGUCCUCCUCUUACAUCAUGUCUCCUCCUCUCACUCCCACUUUCUUUUCCUUUGUGUCAUCUCCUGCUUCUUUUCUCCUCCUUCAUUUCUCUCUUUCUUCUCAAGUUCAGUCUACUCAUAUUUCAUGUUUUUAUCUUUUUUUCUUCUCCUCUUCUGAGCUCUUUAUUUAUGUUUUUCCUUUCUUCUCUUCUGUUUCUCAUCCUUUCUCCUCCUCCCCUGUCCUUUUGUAUUUCCAGCUAACCUUGCCCUAAUCUGUUCUGUUUUGUCCUUUCUCUCUCCCAUGUGGAUGUCAUCCCACCAUCCCUUUAUUCAUCGUCUGCUCUCCUCAUCCGUCCUCAAACCUUCCUGAAUCUUCUCCUCUUCUUCCUUAGUUGGGGAAGAACAUUGAAUCCAUCACUCUGAUCUACGAUUGUGAAGGACUGGGACUCAAACACAUCUGGAAACCUGCUAUCGAGGCGUAUGGAGAGGUUAGUCUGCUGUUUCCACUGUAAUCGCUGUAUUUCAUCACAUGAAAAUCACAGCAGCUCAGCGUCUCCUCAUUCAUGUCCCGCAGAUCCUCACCAUGUUUGAAGAAAACUAUCCAGAGGGGCUGAAAAGAGUCUUUCUCAUCAAAGGUACCUCCACAGAUCUGCGUAGUUUUGAUAUUUGAUGGCAGCUUUAAAAUUUUCCAGGUUGUGAUCUUGUUUUUGUUCUGAUCCUCUGCAGCUCCGAGAAUGUUUCCGAUGGCAUACAACCUGAUCAAACACUUUCUGUGCGAGGAAACACGGCGCAAGAUCGUUGUUUUAGGAAGUAAGGAAACUUUUGUUUGAGUUGGAAAAAGGGAGCACUGCUCGCAGUCACAACCUCAGUCCUAAAAAGUCAAUAAAAACAGUUUGAUGGUUUGAAAAUUGUUCAAACACCUAAUAUUGAUAGAACAUAAUGGAGAAAAAAACACAGCAAGGGUUGGAAAAUACCAUAGACUGCAUAUAGAAUGGACAGCGUCUGCCUCCUCGAUGGGUGAAGCCUCGCUGAGAACAGCACCCGCUGUUGACGGGCUACAUAAAUCCCGCCUCCGCCAGCAAAGUUUAUGGAGCUGUGGACAAACUUUAGAAAUUUAUUACACAGAAUAUAAACGUUUCUACCCCCUGCUUGCGGUGUUGACAUGUAGUUACUGUAAGACUGGUUUGUGCUCAAGUCCUCUUUUUUCUGUGCAGCUCCAUUUUUAAACGUUAUUAGAGGGUUCAUGUUUUCUUUGAUUGACACCUAAUACAGCCUAUUGGUGUUCAGGGAUUGUGUAGCUCACCCGGGGGAUACACUGUUUGAGCCGAGCGUCAUCACAGCAACUCUUGGCGACUCUCCCGCCGAAUGCGUACAACGCUACUGUGCAGUGCUGGUUUCAGGAAAUGAAGAAAAAUCGUGGAAUUACAGAGAGCUUUUUGGCUUCAAAUCUGUAUACUGGCGGGAGGCGGAACCAAGUUGUCCAUAGUAUAUACAGUCUGUGGAAAAACUGUUUAUGUUCAUUUUAAACUUGAUGCUGAUACCAAGUCCUCUUAUAGUGGAGGAUGUGGCGUCUAUGGUUUCCAAAAUAAAGGUCCAGUUUUGAUUCAUGAGACCUCGGGACAGUUUUCCACUUCUCCUUUGUCUAGUCACCGUAGUUGUGGAUCUGGUUUCUAUCUGGUUUCUGCUUUGCAUGGUCCAGUUUGAACCUCACAGACAAUGUUUUUUUUUUUUUGUUUUUUUUUUAAUAAUUCAAAGUUUAUUAUUUUUUCAAUGUUACAACAAACAAACAAACAUCAAAUAAAACAGAUAUCAUGGAGGUCAAAAAUAGUAAUAAUAAUAAAAUAUAUAAAAACACAAAAGAAAAUGAAAAUUAGACAGUUGGCAAAGCAAGACAGUCUGUCAACACAUCUGUCGACCAAAACUAUCCCAUUUUUCUCUUAUCAUAUCAUUUCCACAAUUUAAUCUCCUGAACAUCUUCUCGAUAAUACAGUCUCCAUCAUCUGUGUUCUCCACAUACUCAGUGUGGGAGCUUGGGGUUCCUUCCAACACCUCAGAAUAGUCUGUGCACAUGUUAAUAAGCCAGUUUUUAAUAUUCUAAAACUUUAUUUAUUCAACAGGGGCACUAUAGUUUUGUCUCCAAGGAAACAUAAUCUCUUUUCGAAGUGAUUUUGAGCUCAUGGUCAACUUCCUGUCUGUUUUUAAUGCAUGAAAAAAAAAAUCUCUUUUCAGAUAACUGGCAAGAAGUUUUACGCAAACAUAUCGACCCGGAGCAGCUUCCUGUAGUUUAUGGAGGAAAGCUGACGGACCCUGAUGGAGACCCUCACUGCAAAACUAUGGUGAGAACAUAAAGAUAUGACAUAGGAGAGCAUGAGGAGAGCGCCGUGUCAAUUUCACAUAUCAAUAUUUCAUCAACAUUUUACAUAUGUUGAACAAAUUUCUAGUUGUAUAUUAUAUUUCUUCACUGCAGAGCAGAGACAUAGACAUAGACAUAAACUUCUUAAGUACAGUUACAGAAUAACUGUGUAGUAAAACGAAACACUUUUCAGUCAUGUCCUUAUUUUCAGUCCUCUCUUGCAUCGUCUCUUUUCUCCUGUUGGAGUGUAAACAUAAUAAACAUACGAACAAUGAACAAGUUUGUAGUCUGAACCAAGGAGAUCAAUAAUCUACAAUACACAAUACCUUUACUGCACAAAGUCUGUUCUAAACUGAGACACAAAAUCAGCCCAGUUUUUCCAGUCAUUUUUGAAAGUAUCUGUUUUUAGUCUAGAUGAGAAAGUCAGCUUCUACAUUCUAAAUAAAUCGAUCAUUACCUCGACCCAAUCCUCUUUUUUUGGUGCAUCUGUUUUUAGCCAAUUUCUACUGAUGGCCUUUUUAGCCGCCACCAACAUUAUUGGAAAUCUGUAUUUUUCUCCUGACCUUGUUAUCUCCUGGUUCUCUUUUCCCAAAUACAAAACUUCAAAUGUAAGUGGAAGUUGCACUUUCAAAUAUUUUCCAUACUCUUCUUUAUCUCCUGCCAAUAAGGUAUAAGACCAGAGCAUCUCCAAAAAGAUGAAAAUAAUUGGCCUUAUUCUCCCCACAUAGUCUCAAACAUUGUGUGGCUCCAGAUUUCUGUUGUAUUGGUGUAAUAAAGUAUCUCACAAUAUUCUUCCAAUCAUAGUCUCUCCAUGAGAGGGAGCAUGUUGUUUUCCACUCUCCUUCAUCUACGUCCUCCCAUUCCUCCUCUGAUAACAUCCUUCCAGCCUCUCUUUCCCGUUUUUCUUAUAUAUACAGACCAUUUCCAAAAAAUACAAUAUCAUUGAAAAGUUUAUUUAUAUCCAUAAUUCCAUUCAAAAAGUUAAACUUUCAUGGAUUAUAGAUUCAGGCCCCACAAUUUAAACAAUUUCAAGUAUUUAUUUGUUUAUUUUUACAUAAUUUGGGCUUCCAGCUCAUAAAACCCACUAAAACAGGGAUUCAAAAAAUUAGAAUACUGUCAAGAAAUCACCAUUUACUUCUCUGUUUUUGCAGAAAAUAAAUAAAGAAAUUAGGAUUACAUCAUAUCAAUCAAAAUAUGGUGUUUUUAAAGUGAUAUGUCAGUCCUUAAUAUUUGGUUGGGAAUCCCUUGGUUGGGAACACUAGACCUCAAGCAGCUUGGGUUCUGUUCCUCACCCGUCUUCCUCUAAACCCUUGGACCUUGAUUCCCGAAUGAAAGGAACACUUUGAUCGGAAAAGAGGACCUUGGACCACUGGCCAACAGCCCAGUCUGUCUUCUCCUUGGCCCAGUUGAGACAUUUCCUACAUUGGCUUGACCUGAGGAACCUGACAGUUGUAGCCCAUCUCUCGGAUGCGUCUGAAUGUGGAGGUUUUUGAAGCUGUGACUCCCCCCUCAUUCCACUCUUUCAGGACCUCUGUAAGAUUCAUGAAUCUUCUCUGUUUGAUAAUCCACUUAAGUCCAUAGUCAGCUCUUUUGCUGGUGCAUCUUCACCUGCCACAUUUUGCCCUUCCACUGGACUUUCCAUUGAUAUGCUUGGACACAGCACUCUGUGAGCAGCCAGCCUCCUUAGCUAUGAACUUUUGGGGCUUACCUAUCCUAUGGAGGGUAUCAAUGAUGCUCUUCUGGCCAGUUGUCAAGUCUGAAGUCUUCCCCAUAUUGAACCGAACUGAGACAAUUAAACCAAACUGAAACAAUUUAAUGACACCUAGGGAAACCUGUGCAGGUGCUUUGAGUUUCAUAGAUGAUUAGUGUGUGACCGUGAGUUUAAAAAUGUUCAUGCUGGUUUCUUCACAGUAUUCUAAUUUUUUGAAUUCCUAUUUUGUGGGUUUUAUGAGCUAGAAGCCCAAAUUAUGUAAAAAUGAACAAAUAAAUAAUUUAGAUUGUUUACAUUGUAGGGCCUGAAUCUAUAAUCCAUGAAAGUUUAACUUUUUGAAUGUAAUUGUUGAAAUAAAUAAACUUUUCAAUGAGAUUCUAAAUUUUUGGAAAGGGUCUGUAUGUUGUAUUGAUGCCCUUUAAUCUUUAAACUUCUUUAUGUAGUUUUGAGAUCAAUUUCUUGUGUGUUGUCUUUUUUGAUGGUCUGAGUCUGACUGUAUCUCAUCUGGUCAUGCUCAGAUUAAGUAUGGCGGAACAGUUCCCAGGUCGUACUACGUUCUGGACUCAAUAAAGGUUCAGUACGACAACAGUGUGACCAUCAGCCGCGGCUCCAUGCUGCAGCUGGAGUAUGAAGUCAAAGCUCCAAGCAGCCUCCUGAGGUAUGAAGCAGACCAGUUUUUAAUUCAUCACUUUGUGUUUCUGUAAACUUCAGUUUCCUGAUUAAAUUCAAACGUAGAUUUGGGUGAUGAAUCAAGUUUGACCUCCUUUCCUCCCAGGUGGCAGUUUGCCAGUGACGGCGCAGAUAUCGGGUUCGGAGUCUACAGACGCACUAAAGAGGGUGUCAGUCAGAAGCUGGCGGAGAUGCUGCAGGUCCUGCCGAGCGAGCGCUACAACGCUCACCUGGUCCCUGAAGAUAACGGCCUCACCUGCCAGGAUCCCGGAGUCUGUAAGUCUCCACACACUUCAUUAGUCAGUUAAAGGAUUGUUGGAUUACAGGCUGCUUCCUUUCCUGUUGAUCACCCGUCCAUAAUCAGGAAGUUUAGAUGUGGAGCGGAAAGGUCACCAACACUUAAAAAAAACAUGGAGAAAAAAAAAAGGUGUUCUUUCACAGGUGAGUUAGUGAAGGUCUAACAAAAGAGAGGUCACGAUGCAACAACUAAACCUUCAGCUUGACGGACACAAAGUUUUUUGUUUCUUUUCUGAAAAUGUUCAAAUUUUCAAAAAUAUACAAAUAUUGUUAAUAUUUUGAGUGGGCCGAAUAUUAGAUCCUGUGGCACACCAUGAGAAACAUGAGAGAUGGAUAAAAAGUAGUUACCUGUGGUGAUCACAGAGGUUUUGUCUUAAAGGGAUAUUCCGGCGUAAAAUUAAUUUAGGGUCAAACACACCGUAACACCGAGUUAGACACCCCCUCGAGAGGUGAAUGUUGCCGACCGCUUGCUUCUCUAGUUAUACCAACUUUAGUAAUGACCGCAGAUAGCAAUACAGAGAGCCACGUGCUUAACCAAAAGGCCACUCUAUAGCCACAAAUAAUGCUCAGAACAGCACCUAACUUCAUCAACAGUACAUAUAGGGUCCCAGCCAUAGUACUAGCCACCAAACAUCUUUUUAACUUUGACUAAUUUCUUUAGCAAAGAGACUAAACACAACUCACCUAAUCUCCUCCAGCAGCCACUUGUUUGUAGCAAGACCUCGGGCCAGUCCAUUACAGACUACAGCGGGGUGACGCAGCUCAAGGAAGAACAUUUAUGAUCAUUUCUUCAUGGAAAUGCAAUCAGACCGAGACGCUAAGGCAGAAGAACUACCGCGUCUGCAGAGCAAAACGAUUAAUAUGAUGAUUAUUACUUCAAGGAAAUGAUAAAGAAAUGAUCAUAUAUGUUCUUCCUUGAGACCCUUGGACCCUAUAUGUCCUGUUGAUGAAGUUAGGUGCUGUUCUGAGCAUUAUUUGUGACUAUAGAGUGGCGUUUUGGUUGAGGUUUGUUUAUGGCUCCUCAGACCGCUGUGUAUUGCUAUCCUAUGGUCGUUACUAAAGCUGGUAUAACUAGAGAAGCAAGCAGUCGGCAACAUUCAUCUCUGGAGGGGGUGUCUAACUCGGUGUUACGGUGUGUUUGACCCUAAAUUAAUUUUACACCGGAAUAUCCCUUUAAGGACAGGAAUAAAACCAAAUACAGCAUCCUUGACCCCACCCAGGUCUCAAGGUGCUUCUUUAAGGGGACACGGUGAACUGGUGCUCAUUUCUGAAUCCUCUCCACUAACCCUGUCCUUCUCUCUCUCUGCAGAUGUGUUGUGUUUUGAUAACAGCUACAGCAUCCUACAAUCGAAGAAAGUGAGCUACAAAGUUGAGGUCCUUCCUCUGCCAGACGGACAGACGGCUGCAGUGAACAAGACCGGGGACAGACGGCUGCAGUGAACGAGACCAGAGACAGGCGAGAACAGAGACAGACAAGGCCAGUGGCAGACAAGACCGGAAACAGACAAGACGGAUGACAGCAUUUUUUUCAGCAACAUUUCAAACCAGAACCACUUGAAACUUUUUUUAUUUCAUGGAGAAAAUAUAAAAGAACAAAUCUCUUAAACUUAAUUCUUUUUUUGUAAUUAAAGAUAUAUAAUGUUUGUCCUGCUGCUCAGCUGCAGACACUCGACUGAAGUUCUCAUGUUCAUCUUUAGAAGGAUGACACUCAGUGAGGAGAUCUGAGGAGCAGAGUUCCUCCCUGAGGACUCUGAUUCAGAGGAGAUCAUGUGUAAUUCUUGUAUGACGAGGCUCUUCAUGUUAUCUUGAUAUGAUAAUGAAACAGAUGUUUCAUAAUGUGUAAAAAUGAAGGUUUAUAGUCUUACAUGUCCCGUUUGAUCGUUCUUGGAGGUCUUAGAGGUGAGAGAGAUUUCAGGUUUUUAGACGCUCAUGUUUGUUAUUAUAAUACCCUUUUUGGCCACAAGAGGGCACUUCUAACCCCACCUAGUUUUUAAAAACUCAACUCAUAUUAAUCCCUAUAAAAUAAUGCAAAUAAUGAAGCUCUGCUGUAAGAGCCUGUAAAACCAGAAGGUGAACAGCAACCUCUUGUGGCCAAUUUGAGUAUUAUAACAACAAACACGUGACAAUGUUCAGUUGCUUGUUAUGUCCCCUCUCCUGUUUCAGAGAUGAAUUUUUUUUAACUGACUCAUAAAUUUUAUCUCUACAGAUAUAAGAGGAGUUAAUUUACUUUCCUCUUUAGUAUUUUACACAAAUAUGUUGGAGAGAUUUCAUAGUGAUUAAACCUCAUUGAUCAUCUGAGUUUUUGCCUUUAAGGACUUCCAUGAAAACAUGAACAUGUUAAAAUUUAAAGUAGCUGUUUAAUUUAUUAGUUACAUCGAGUUUGUAUAUUAAUUUUAUCUUUAAUAAAAGCAGAACUGUACGAACAAAACAGCUCAUUCA